AUGGCGGCCGCUUUAGGGAUUUUCGCUCUGCUCCUGGUGACAUUACCAUGUAGUUUUGGUGGCCCCUAUUGUAACUUUGAUAGGUUAAUUCCUCGAGAUUUCGACGUCGGUCAGUUCUUUGGAUUUUGGUACGAGAUUGAGAGAACCGAGAUGAAGUUUGGUUAUUACACUUUUGUGUCACAGACUUGGGGCUUCUUCGAGUCCUACCAUAACCUGUAUAACAUGAAGUUCCACUACGCUGGUCGGUCCAUUGGGUACUACUGUACCAGAGGCUCUCACGAGAUGAUACAUUACAUCGGAGCUCCAGGCAGGUUCCUCAUGCAGGGCACAAAUAACGUGUUCCAGGUAGUGGACACAGACUACAAGAGUUACGCCCUGGUUUAUAUAUGUUACGGACAGAGGCUAAAACAGGGUCACUGCCACAAGAACAACAUGCACGUGUCACUCCUGAGUAGACAUCCAUCGGCUGACUUCGCUGAGCGGGACAUCAUUCAACAUAUCAGUAACAGAUGUAUAACAAGAAAAGAGCUUGUCCGGGCCCCAGAGAUCGGUACGUACUGA